CCGCCCUUUCCGGCACGCCGCCAUUUUGUAUAAGUUUGUUAUGUAAGGAAAACACUACGAAAUUGUGGGAGAACCAAGCACAUCAAUCUAACGUAUAAGGAUACAAGCAGCACGGAGAAAUGGCCAAACGUCUGCUUAAGCUCCAGCCGUCCAGAUUGUUGACGGGCCCGGUUCCAUUAGCUUGUCGUGCUGUCUCCUGCAAACGACUAAAUUCCACUUCCACAGCAUCGGAGCCCCAAAGAACGUUUGGGAACCUAAAGGAUGAAGACAGAAUAUUCACCAAUCUUUAUGGCCGGCAUGACUGGAAGCUAAAAGGAGCGAUAUCCAGGGGUGAUUGGUAUAAGACAAAAGAGAUCAUUCUCAAAGGUCCUGAAUGGAUCCUUAAGGAGAUUACUACUUCUGGGCUGCGUGGUCGUGGUGGUGCUGGCUUCCCAACAGGCAUGAAGUGGGGCUUUAUGAAUAAACCAUCAGAUGGAAGGCCUAAAUACCUGGUGGUAAAUGCUGAUGAGGGAGAACCUGGGACGUGUAAGGACCGCGAGAUCAUGAGGAAUGAUCCACACAAGCUCAUUGAGGGUUGUCUAGUGGCUGGUGCUAGCAUGGGUGCUCGUGCUGCAUACAUCUACAUCAGAGGAGAGUUCUAUAAUGAAGCCUCUAACAUGCAGGUGGCCAUAAACGAGGCAUACAAGAAGGGGCUUAUUGGCAAGAAUGCCUGCGGGAGUGGGUUUGACUUUGACGUCUACAUGCACCGAGGGGCAGGGGCUUACAUCUGUGGGGAGGAAACGGCAUUAAUUGAGAGUCUCGAAGGCAAACAGGGCAAGCCACGCCUCAAGCCCCCAUUCCCCGCUGAUGUUGGUGUUUUUGGCUGUCCCACAACUGUGGCUAAUGUGGAGACAGUAGCCGUUGCACCUACAAUCUGUAGACGAGGUGGUGAGUGGUUUAGUGGCUUUGGUCGACCAAGAAACACUGGAACAAAGCUGUUCAACAUUUCUGGACAUGUGAACAACCCCUGCACAGUAGAGGAAGAGAUGUCUGUCCCACUGAAAGACCUUAUUGAGAGACAUGCAGGCGGUGUCAUUGGUGGCUGGGAUAACUUGUUGGGUGUUAUUCCUGGAGGUUCGUCAACACCACUCAUACCCCUAAGCGUAUGUGAUGAUGUAUUGAUGGACUUUGACGCACUUGUGCAGGCACAAACUGGUCUUGGGACAGCAGCCCUGAUAGUGUUUAACAAACAGGCUGAUGUUAUCAAAGGUAUUGCAAGACUUAUCGAGUUCUACAAGCAUGAGAGCUGCGGGCAGUGUACACCAUGUAGGGAGGGAUGCAACUGGAUGCUCAAAAUCAUGAACAGAUUCACUGAAGGCAAUGCAAAGACAUCUGAGAUUGACAUGUUGUGGGAGCUGAGUAAACAGAUUGAGGGGCACACUAUCUGCGCCUUAGGGGAUGGUGCCGCCUGGCCCGUGCAGGGCCUUAUACGGCAUUACCGACCAGAGAUUGAGCAAAGAAUGAAGGAGUUUGCGGAGAAGCAAGGCGUGAGUGAGCACGCUGCCGCUCUCUGAGUACCCUUACUUACCCCUACUGCACCGCUCCGAAACGCAUGUGCACCAUCGCUCCAAUAACAUCACUCUAGCUUUCUAUUGCUUAAGCUUCUUGCAAAUUGCGCUUGCAGUGUUGGGAAACUCACACAACAUUACACAACCUUCAAUGCUGUUCUGUGUGUAAACCACGAAUCUGCGAAGGAUUUCGUGAACAUUUUUAUUGACUAAGACUGCCAGCCAGUGGAUGUUGGCGCAGUUUGCACGGGGCUUUAGAACCUUUUUUCCAUAUUUUUUCAACGUUGGACAACUGUCCAUUUAGAGCUUUUCCAAUGUCUGCAAAGGUACACUUGGUUUGAAGGAACUCAGCUUAUAUUAAAUUUUAAUUGUAAAUACUUAACUGCAAAGUGUAAAGCCUCGUACAUACAGUGUUGUAACAGCUGUGUUGAACGCUAUCAUGCGGAUGGAGCAAUAUAUCGUACAUCUUAGUGAACACACAGUAUAGCAAUGCGUGACAAAACAACAAGGCCUGUGUACCGCGCUGUUUGAACACGACUUUACACUGAUGUGUGUUUCUAAUUGGAGGGCUGGUUCAGUGCGCGUGUAGUACGGUGCAUAAUCUUUUGUUUUCGGUCUGCUAAAUUGUCGUGUAUAGAGGAUUGCUUUAUUGUUGUUGUUACAAAAUUUUGAAUUGUAAUAAAUGUGAUAAUGGAA